UGAAAUCUCCAUAUUAGAUAGCUUCCUCCUCACAGUACUCAGUUUCCCAUUUCUUCAUUCUUAUAAAUAUAUUCUUCUAUCGUCCACUCUCUCCAUUUCUACUGCCAAAAUCAAUGUCUUCAGAAUCCGAAACCUUAUCAUCUUCGGCCUCUGCGCCGCCACCACCAUCGCAAUCGGAAGAAUCAUCUCACGAAGACGAUUCCAAAUCAGUUAGCAAAAAGGCCGCUAAGAAAGAAGCCGCCAAGCUCGAGAAGCUGCGCCGCCGUCAAGAAGCCGCCGCCGCAUUAUCCAACGCCACCUCAUCGCUUUCGGUCGAGGAAGAUCCGCUUUCAGCAAACUACGGCGAUGUGCCGCUCGUUGAGCUACAGUCGAAGGCUCCAGCUGACGUCAACAGCUGGACUGAGGUCGGAAAGCUUAACGAAGCCAUGAAGGACCAGCAUGUUCUUGUGCGAGGUCGUGCUCAGACGAUCCGAUCCGUUAGCAAGAACAUGGCCUUCGUUGUUGUGAGAGAGCAUGGUUUUACUGUGCAGUGCGUGAUUACGGCGAUUCCAGAUGUUGUUAGUCGACAGAUGGUUAAGUUUGUUUCCGGUUUGAAUCGUGAGUCGAUUGUUGAUGUUGAAGGAAUUGUCUCUGUGCCGAAAGAUCCUAUCAAGGGAGCCACGCAACAGGUUGAGGUUCAGGUGAGAAAAUUGUAUUGUGUGAGUAAGGCAUUGCCGACCUUACCUAUUAUUGUUGAGGAUGCAGCUCGAAGUGAGAUUGAGAUUGAAAAAGCUUUGCAGGCUGGAGAACAACUUGUUCGUGUUAAUCAGGAUACACGUUUGAAUAAUAGAGUUAUUGACAUUCGAACACCUGCUAAUCAAGGAAUUUUUCGCAUUCAGUCUCAAGUUGGAACUGUAUUUAGACAGUUUUUGCUUUCCGAAAACUUUUUCGAAAUCCAUACUCCAAAGCUAAUAGCUGGCUCCAGUGAGGGUGGUGCUUCUGUAUUUAGACUGGACUACAAAGGGCAACCUGCUUGCCUUGCCCAAUCUCCUCAGCUUCACAAGCAAAUGGCGAUCUGUGGUGAUUUUGGGCGUGUUUUUGAGAUUGGUCCUGUAUUUAGAGCAGAGGACUCUUUCACUCACAGACAUUUGUGUGAAUUUACUGGACUUGAUGUGGAAAUGGAGAUCAAGAAUCACUACUUUGAGGUAAUGGAUAUUGUAGACCGGUUAUUUGUUGCAAUGUUCGAUAGCUUGAAUCAGAAUUGUGAGAAGGAGCUUGAAGCUGUUGGGAGACAAUAUCCAUUUGAACCUCUAAAGUACUUGAGGAAGACUCUUCGGCUUACAUUUGAAGAAGGUGUUCAAAUGCUCAAAGAUGCUGGUGUUGAAGUUGAUCCUCUAGGGGACUUAAACACUGAGACAGAGAGGAAAUUGGGGAAGUUGGUUUUAGAAAAGUACGGUACUGAAUUCUACAUACUUCACCGCUACCCUUUGGCUGUUAGACCAUUCUAUACAAUGCCUUGCUACGAUAAUCCAGCCUACAGCAAUUCAUUUGAUGUCUUCAUUAGAGGUGAGGAGAUCAUUUCAGGGGCACAGCGUGUCCACGUACCCGAGCUCCUGGCAGAACGUGCACAGGGAUGCGGAAUUGAUGUAAAAACAAUAUCAACAUAUAUCGAUUCUUUCAGAUAUGGUGCGCCACCGCACGGUGGUUUCGGAGUAGGGCUGGAGCGCGUAGUGAUGCUGUUCUGCGGUUUGAAUAACAUCCGAAAAACUUCAUUGUUCCCUCGCGACCCACUUAGGAUUGCUCCCUGAUAGGUCUGAUGUUGAAAUUCCUGACAUAAUUUAAGGUUUUGUUUUUGUUUUUUGCUGAUGUGAAAAUUAUAACUUAUGCCAUAUGGCUUCUUGUUUGGCCUUUCAUGGUAUUGGUAUGGUAAUAUGUAUGGAAAGUCAACUUCUUAAAUUGAUGAUGGUGAAGAUGAUGAACAUUUGAUCAUUCAAAUUUAUUUGCUUAACAUAUUUAUAACAAAAUAAUUAUGUUAGAUCUAUUUAAUAA